CCACGGACGGAGUUCCCAACACUGGAUUUGCGUUAUGUUCAAUGGAAGAACGCAACAACGUCGAUUUACGUAUAAAACGUUUUUAAUCGGUGUAAAACGUUAACCGGUAUUAUGUAUACCCGUAUCUCGCCGUCGUGCGUCAGUUGAAUUAACUCAUCUGUGUAACGUAUAGAAUACGACGGUCCGUAUAUGGUAGUACAUUACGGAAGACCGUGUGCUAACCUCUCUUCGAUACGCUGAAGAGUUUUGUUGAAAAUCGUGAAAAGAAUGGCGGUCGGAUCGACGAAAGUGGUACAGGUGACGAAUAUCGCACCUCAAGCGACGAAAGAUCAAAUGCAAACAUUGUUUGGAUAUCUCGGAAAAAUAGAGGAUAUCAGAUUGUAUCCCACUAUACGAGACGUUGCAGUACCUGUACAAUCGCGUAUUUGCUACAUAAAAUUUCAUGAUCAAGGAUGUGUUGCAGUUGCUCAACAUAUGACAAACACUGUUUUCAUUGAUCGUGCAUUGAUCGUGAUCCCUUAUCAAAAUGGAGACAUUCCAGAUGAACAGAGAGCCCUAGAAUUAACAAACAAUGGCACAGUUGUUCCAGGUCUUUAUCCUUCUGAACCUAAGCUACCACCAAAUGUUGUAAAUGCAAUAGAGGGAAUUCCACCAAAUCAUGUCAUUACUACUAUGGAUCCUAAACUGGAAUCGAAUGGAUUGCCACCUUACCCACAUUUACCUGGCCAUUUGGAUAGUAGGAAAAUUGAAGAGAUAAGAAGAACCCUCAUCCUUGCUAAUAUAGAUCCGUCUGUGACAACUGAUCAUUUGUUAGACUUCUUUAGUAAUAAUAAUGUCGAAGUAAAAUAUUUACGUAUGUGCACCAGAGAUUCAGACACGGAACACUAUGCUCUAGUAGAACUUUCUGAGCAAGCAGCUGUAGUAUCUGCAUUACUACUGAAUGGUAAAAUGCUCAUGGAUAGACCGAUUAAAAUUUACCAUUCGACUCAAGCAAUAGCGAAACCUGAAGCGAAAAGCAACGAGGCUGCACAGAAGGAGAUAGAGGAAGCCAUGUCUCGCGUAAAGGAGGCCCACAAUUUAAUAUCAGCUGCGAUUGAUCCGAUGAUUGGAAUGUUAUCGAAAGAUAAACGAAGCCGCAGCGGCUCACGCAGUCGGAAAUCUCGAUCUAGAUCACGAGGACGCAGCAGACGAUCUAGAUCACGUAAGAGAUCGCGAUCUCGGCACAGGCGCUCGCGUUCACGUCAUCGACGGAGAUCCAGAUCACGAUCGAAGCGCUCGCGAUCCAAAGAUCGUAGACGAAAGUCACCGUCUCGUAGAAGAAGCAGCUCCCGAGGUCGGCAUCGUUCGCGUUCCCGAUCACGACGCUCUCGAUCGCGUAGAUCCAGGUCCAGAUCAAAAGAUCGCAAGAAGAGAUCUCCUCGUCGAAGAAGCCGUUCGCGAUCCCGAAGCAAACGUUCAAAAUCGAAGUCUAGACGAUCAAGAUCCAAGUCCAAGUCCAGGUCCUCCAAAUCGAAAUAUGCCGAAAAAUCAAAGGACAAAGACAAGGAGAGAAGGAGCAAAGAUAAAUCGGAUAAUGGUAAAAAGAGCGACGGCGACAAAGCUGAUAAAGAGAAGAGCGAGAAGAAGUCUAGUAAAGAAAAAAAGUCCGAGAAAGAAUCAAAGUCUGACGAGAAGAAUAGAAGUACGUCGGAAAAUAGCGAAACGAAGGAGAAAGCAGAGUCUGAAACUUAAAUAUUGACAAAUAUUCCAAAUUAUAAGAAAAUUAAUUUGCAUCUCUCGAUCAGUUUGUUAAUUUAAUGUUACGAUAUGCCGUAAUGUAUUAAACAAUAAAAAAUGCAAGAAUAUAAAACUUCCGAAGAUUCUUUUAGUUCGUAUAUACGCACGGGAAAAUAUAUUUAUAUUUAAUAUGGAUUGUAGCAACGUAUUUACUGCAAACGUUUAUAACAUCAAGUUUUGACUUACUAAUUUCUACUCAUGUUCACGAUGAAUAGACAAUACUACGGAUGUUUUAUACUCAAGAUCGUCCCUUCAAACUCAUUAAAAUUGUACGCCAAUAAUAACUGA